CGGUGUUUAUGAAUGUUUGCAGGGUAACACCUUCAGUUAGCUCCUGCGGGGUCAGCUGAGCGGGAGCUAACAUUAGCCUCGGUGUGUGCAGUUAAAGGCCGACACUCAGAGUCGGAAAGUUAAGCUCCGGCAGCCUUCACAAAGAGGGGGUGUGUGAGGUUCAGGAGCCAGGCAGCUAACAGCAGAUACGGGGUAACUCAAGGAGCAGCUAGCUGUCCGCUAUUUUAUCCGCAGUCAAAUGGCCCAGUGUUAGCUAGCCUGGCUUUGUCUGUCAUUAUGGGAGACCUGAACGCCAACACGAGGUGGCAGAGUACCGGCGACCCGCGGCUGGACAAGGCGGUGCACCAGUGGCUGACCUGGGACAAGAACGAGCGGACUCGGGCUCAGGUAGAGUGUCUGGUGGCGGCGCGGCGUCUGGACGAGCUGAGGCUGAGACUCUGCAGCAGGCUGAGCUUCGGCACGGCGGGACUCCGAGCGCCGAUGGGAGCCGGAUUUAACCGGAUCAACGACCUCACCGUCAUCCAGUCCACUCAGGGGUUAUACUCCUACCUGUGCAGGUGCUCUGCAGACUUCAGCAGCAGAGGAAUAGUUGUGGGCUUUGACACCCGAGGACAGGAGGAGAGCGGCUGCAGCAGUCACAGGUUGGCGAAGUUGACGGCUGCUGUGAUGCUCAGCAGAGACGUUCCCGUUCAUCUUUUCUCCACGUUCGUACCGACGCCGUACGUGCCGUACGCUGUGAAGAAGCUCGGUGCUGCAGCCGGAGUGAUGAUCACCGCCUCGCACAAUCCCAAAGAAGACAACGGUUACAAGGUGUACUGGUGUAACGGCGCUCAGAUCUCCUCUCCUCACGACGAGGAGAUCCUGCAGAGUAUCGAGGAGCAGCUGGAGCCCUGGAGCGCCUCCUGCUGGGCGGAGGAGCUGGUGGAGAGCUGCUCCCUGAGGACCGACCCCCUCCCCCACAUCGACCGCUGCUACAUGGACGAGCUCGCCUCCCUCUGCUUCCACAGGGAUCUGAACAGAAGCUGUCCCCUGAAGUUUGUCCACUCGUCGUUCCACGGCGUCGGACACGUCUUCGUCCAGCGUGCCUUCCACGCCUUCGGCUUCGCUCCGCCGAUCCCCGUCCCCGAGCAGAAAGACCCCGACCCCAAUUUCUCCUCCGUGCGUUGCCCCAACCCCGAGGAGGGAGAGUCGGUGCUGGAGCUUUCUCUUCUUCUGGCAGAGCGGGAAAACGCUCACAUCGUCCUGGCGACAGAUCCUGACGCCGACCGAUUGGCUGUCGCAGAGAAGUCUGACGGGUGCGGCUGGAAGGUGUUCACCGGUAACGAGCUAGCGGCUCUGUUGGGCUGGUGGAUGUUGUUGAACUGGAAGGAGGCUCAUCCAGACCCUGCAGACACGCAGGGGGUUUACAUGUUGGCCACCACAGUUUCCUCUAAGAUCCUUCAGGCCUUCGCUCGCGUCGAGGGCUUCCACUUUGAGGAAACUCUUCCUGGGUUCAAAUGGAUCGGGAACAGAAUACACGAACUCUCCAAAGCAGGAAGCAGCGUUUUAUUCGCCUUCGAGGAAUCCAUUGGUUUCAUGUGUGGCAGUUUGGUUCCUGAGAAAGACGGCGUGAGUUCGGCGGCGGUCGUGGCUGAAAUGGCUGCUUACCUGCACGAGCAGAACCUGAGUCUGCACCAACAGCUGCUCAACAUCUACCAGACGUACGGUCAUCACGUGUCCAAAACGUCGUACGUCGUCUGUAACGACCCCCCCACCAUCGAGAAGAUCUUCAGCCGGAUCAGAAACUUUGACGCCGAAGCUUCGUACCCGAAGAAGUGCGGCGGCGUCCGGAUCGUCCGCACCAGAGACGUUACCACGGGAUACGACAGCAGCCGGGACGACCUCAGAUCAGUACUUCCUGUGACGAGGAGCAGUCACAUGAUCACCUUCACUCUGCAGAACGGCGUCGUGGCAACGCUGAGAACCAGCGGCACCGAACCCAAAAUCAAAUACUACACUGAGUACUGCGCGGCGCCGGGGAAAAGCGAGGCGUGCGCUCUACAGGAGGAGCUCGAGAGGAUCACCGCCGCCCUGCUGGACGAGUUCCUGGAGCCCGAGAGGAACAACCUGAUUCACCGCUGCGUCUAGCUCCGCCCCCUGUUCCUCCUGUUGAUGAUGUCACAUCCUGUUGUGUUCCGCUGCUGCUUCUCUCUGUGGUGUCGAUAAAGUUCAGUUUGGACUAUUUUCAUACACAGUAAAUGAUACAAAGAUCUGAACUGUAACGACAGAGCACAAAUUAAAGUAAUGAAUUAACGAGUUUCUGCCAUCGUGACGAAGGUGAUUAAGCUUUCCGUUAACGAGAGAACUUUCUCGUUAUUAAUACAAACCAAAAUAUUCCGUUUUAGCAACAAACCUUUGUUACAACACAUUAAUUUAUUCUGUUAUAACAACAUAUUUAAGUUGGAACAAGUUUUUUUCGUAAAUGUACGACUUUCUAAUCUCGGACAAUGUUUCUUUCUCAAGUCGUCAACAGACUCUGAUUGGAUAGUUCUAUCCGCGAUCAAGUCAUCGGUCGACAGACAGAAAGUUCUUUUGCAACAAUUUUGAUAAUUCAUUGUUUGACUCAUAAAUUCUGUGUUUUGCAGCUUCUGAGAUGUAAAAACUUGCUGCUUUUCUUCUGUCGCAGUAAACUGAGACUCUUUGGUCUGUCCGUCGGACAAAACGACACAUUUAAAGACGUCAAUUCGCACGGAAUUAUUCACAAACGAUUGGUGGAUUUAUACUCGGAGAUGAAAGAUGUUCAUGUGACGGUUCUUGUUGUGUUAAAAGAUAAUUCAGUUAAAUCUGUUUCUCAGUCGACCCACCAAUAAAGUGUAAAACUGUAAAGUGUGUAUUUCUAUUU